AUGCCCGGCGGCCGGAGCUUGAGCCGGAGCUGCGAGCUGGUGGUCCCUGAGCAGCCUCCCAGCAGGGAAAAGCCCUUCAGAUGCUUGGAAUGUGGGAAGAGCUUCAGGAACAGCACCAACCUCCUCAGGCACCAGCAUAUCCACACUGGGGAACGGCCCUACACGUGUGGGGAGUGUGAGAAGAGCUUCAGGGAGAGCUCCCACCUGCUCCAACACCAGAUGAUCCAUAGUGGGGAACGGCCCCACACAUGUAGGGAAUGUGGGAAGAGCUUCAACCAGAGGUCCAACCUAGUCCGACACGAGGUGAUCCACACUGGGGAACGGCCCUACACGUGUAGGGAAUGUGGGAAGAGCUUCACCCAGAGCUCCAUCCUCCACAACCACCAGCACAUCCACACUGGGGAACGGCCGUACACGUGUAGGGAAUGUGGGAAGACCUUCAGGAGCAGGUCCAACCUCUGCACCCACCGUCGCAUCCACACAGGGCAGAAGCCCUUCAAGUGCUUGGAAUGUGAGAAGAGCUUCAGCCAGAGCACUGACCUCCUCACCCACCAGCUCAUCCACACUGGGGAACGGCCGUACAGGUGUGGGGAGUGUGGGAAAAGCUUCAGGCACAGCUCCACCUUCCGCACCCACCGUCGCAUCCACACUGGGGAACGGCCCUACAAGUGUGGGGAGUGUGGGAAGAGCUUCAGUGACAGCUCCGCCUUCCGUAAGCACCAGCGCAUCCACACUGGGGAGAGGCCCCACAAGUGUGGGGAGUGUGGGAAGAGCUUCAUCCAGAGGGCUGCCUUGACCAAACACCAACGGACCCACCGGUAAUGGAAGCCCCGAGUGCCCCGACUGCGGGAAGAGCUUCGGCCGCUGCUCCAACUCCAUCAGCCAUCGGAGGACCCGCGUUGGAUGAUCCACAGGGACCCACGUUGGGCACAGCCCUGGUGACCAACAUUCCUGGUGACCCCUGUUUAGCAGAGCCCUGGUGCUGGAAUAGAGUUGAAACACUGCAGAAGAAUAAGGACUGGCACAUGUGAUGAGAAAGAGAAGACUCCAGUUCCCGGAUAACAUGAAGGUCAUGAUGGUCUCCCCAAAGAAAAACCCUGAGAGACACCUGGUGUGAAAGGAUGUAGUGAGGAAUGGGGCCAGUGAAGGUCCCACAGCCUUUCUUGACAACCAUCCUGCAGGGUGGGAAUAGGGAACCUUUUUGACCUCUGUGAU